AAACGAGGAAGAAAAAUCUUUCUGCUCAAGUCACAAGAGAGUAAUUCAGAACUUGGAUAUAGCGCUAUUAAUGAGUCUUUGACAGGCACACACAAGCUCCCUCCGUUAUCAUGAAGCAGAAAAAAACGGCUCGCAACCAGUCCAGAAAAGAGUCUCCAGUUGAAAAUACAACGGUUAAGAGUGAAAAUAAGACGCAGGGCAACUCCUUCUUCAGCUGGAUCUUGGUGCUGGGUCUGCUGGGGGCUUGGUUGUCAGUUGGUGUCGUGUGGUUUGACAUUGUUGACUAUAACAGUGUGGCUGAUGUUCUCGGAGAAGUAUAUGAUGCUGAUGGUGAUGGAGACUUUGAUGUACAAGAUGCUAAGGUUUUGUUGGAAAAUGCUACCGUGGCCAAGGAAAAAACUAUAAGAAAAAAUGUCACAUUGGAAGGAGACAGUAUCCAAGCAGCCCAUUCCAAGCUGGCCUAUGAGAGAGUUAAAGAAGUGGGGUUAAAAAGAGAAGGAGAACAUCCGACCAGGGAUAUUGGGCGAAAGUUGAAAACUGCCCUCAAGGAGCAGCUGCGAAUUAUUCAUGAAAAGAUUGAAGCCAAAAAGAUUGCCAAACUAGCCCUUGCUGAAGUCCGUAGUGUUUUGGCUCAAGAGGAAGAGGAGAGACAGGCUACUCUUGCGGCUAAAAAAGCCAAAGAGGAAGCAGAAACGAAACUACAAGAAGAACGACUGCAACAAGAACAAGAAAAGAAAUUAGAAAAGGAGAAAGCAGAGAAGGAGCGAAUGGAACAAGAAAAAAAGGCCAAAGAAAAAGCUGAAAAAGAAAAGGCAGAAAAGGAAAGACUUGAGAAAGAAAAAGCAGAAAAAGAAAGACUUGAAAACGAGAAGGCUGAAAAAGAAAGACAAGCUAAAGAAAAAGAGGAAAAGGAAAGAAUUGAGAAAGAAAAAGCGGAAAAGGAAAGACUAGCCAAAGAAAAAGCGGAAAAGGAAAUAAUUGAAAAAGAAAAGGCAGAAAAGGAAAGACUGGCCAAAGGAAAGGCGGAAAAGGAAAGAAUUGAGAAAGAAAAAGCUGAAAAGGAAAGACUAGCUAAAGAAAAGGCAGAAAAGGAAAGAUUAACCAAAGAAAAAGCAGAAAAGGAAAGACUAGCCAAAGAAAAGGCAGAAAAAGAAAGAAUUGAGAAAAAAGCAGAAAAGGAAAGACUAGCUAAAGAAAAAGCAGAAAAGGAAAGACUAGCUAAAGAAAAAGCAGAAAAGGAAAGACUAGCUAAAGAAAAAGCAGAGAAGGAAAGACUUGAGAAAGAAAAGGCGGAAAAGGAAAGACUGGCCAAAGAAAAGGCAGAAAAGGAGAGACUAGCUAAAGAAAAAGCGGAAAAGGAAAGACUGACCAAAGAAAAGGCGGAGAAGGAAAAAAUUGAGAAAGAAAAGGCAGAAAAGGAAAGACUAGCUAAAGAAAAAGCGGAAAAGGAAAGACUAGCCAAAGUAAAAGCGGAAAAGGAAAGACUAGCCAAAGAAAAGACGGAGAAGGAAAGGCUUGAGAAAGAAAAAGCAGAAAAGGAAAGACUGACCAAAGAAAAAGCAGAGAAGGAAAGACUUGAGAAAGAAAAGGCAGAAAAGGAAAGACUAGCCAAAGAAAAGGCGGAGAAGGAAAGGCUUGAGAAAGAAAAAGCAGAAAAGGAAAGACUGGCCAAAGAAAAAGCAGAGAAGGAAAGACUUGAGAAAGAAAAGGCAGAAAAGGAAAGACUAGCCAAAGAAAAAGCGGAAAAAGAAAGACUAGCCAAAGAAAAAAAACCAAAGCUACUUAAUAAAUUUGACAAAACAAUCAAAACUGAAAUUAACUCUGCAGAGAAAUUACGCAAGAAGGGGAAAGUUGAGGAAUCUCUUCGAGCUUUUGAAGAUCUUGUUCAGAAAUAUCCACACAGUCCGAGGUGCAGAUAUGGUAAAGCGCAGGCAGAAGAUGAUUUGGCAGAGAAAAAGCGCAGUAAUGAGAUGCUGCUGAAGGCGGUGAACACAUACAGAGAAGCAGCCGAGCUCCCAGAUGUUCCACCAGACCUCAUCAAAGCCACGCUGAAGAGACGGGCAGACAGACAGCAAUUCCUAGGUCGUACGAGGGGAUCUUUAGCUACUUUGGAGAAGUUAGUCCAGAUUUUUCCUGAAGACAUCAGCCUAAAGAAUGAUUUGGGAGUAGCACAUCUGCUUCUGGGUGACAACAAGAGCGCGAAACAAAUAUAUGAGGAGGUUUUAGCCAGUGCCCCAAGUGAUGGAUUUGCUAAAGUGCAUUAUGGGUUCAUACUAAAAUCUGAAAACAAGAUUGCAGAGAGCAUACCGUACCUGAGGGAGGGAUUGGAGUCUGGAGCGCCAGGAACUGAUGACGGCAGGUUUUACUUUCAUCUCGGAGAUGCUUUACAAAGAGUUGGAGACAGCAGUGCCUAUGACUGGUAUGAGGCUGGGCAUCAGCGGGGUCACUUUGCCUCUUUAUGGCAGAGAUCUCUGUAUAAUGUGCAAGGACUCCGUGCACAGCCCUGGUGGACAGCAGAACAGACUGGAUAUACAGACUUAGUCAAGGUUCUGGAACGUAACUGGGUGACCAUCAGAGAUGAAGCAUUGUCAGUGUUGGACAGCAAAAGCGGGCAGUUCGUGCCAGAAGAUGAAAAUCUGAGAGAGAAAGGAGACUGGGGCCAGUUUACACUGUGGCAGCAGGGUCGAAAGGUGGCUUCUUCAUGUCGCAGUGUCCCUAAAACGUGUGCCUUGAUGGAACGUUUCCCAGAGACCACCGGCUGUAAAAGAGGCCAGAUCAAGUUUUCAGUCAUGCAGUCUGGAACUCAUGUAUGGCCUCACACUGGUCCUACAAACUGUCGUCUACGAAUGCAUCUAGGCCUUGUCAUCCCUUCCAAGGGAUGCAGGAUUCGCUGUACCAACCAAACCAGGGAAUGGAAAGAAGGGAAGGUGUUAAUAUUUGACGACUCAUUUGAGCAUGAAGUCUGGCAGGAAGCAGACAGCUACAGACUCAUCUUCAUUGUGGAUGUCUGGCACCCAGAACUCACCCAAUUACAGAGACAAACGUUGUCACCAAUAUAAAAGACUCGGCCAUUUGCAGAGUUCGGAAAAGUAGGUCAACAGCCAAUCUGAGAGACAGACUUACUGUUCAUAGCCAAUCACAGAUUUCAUAAGCCACAAGUCAGUGGUACUGAACACAAGGCAAUGUGAAUGUAAAUGUUUUCUGAAUCAUAAUGUUGAUUUCUGAUUAAUGCAAGUGUGCUAUAUUGAAAAACAAUGAAUGGAUUUACAAGCGUAAGCUUUUUUUUUUUUUUUUUUAAAGGGAGAGUUUACUGAACAUAUGCGAUCUUUAUUUAGGUCAAGAAAAUAGGGUUUUUAGGGUUUAACAGUACAUUUAAAGAAAUGAUCAGACUUCCAAGGUUAGUUUAUGAGAUUUAUAGCUCAGGUUGUCAUGAUACUGGAAUUCAAAACCAAUCGAUACUGAAAUAAAAAAAAAAACCCAUCCAUUUCCUACGAACAUUUGAGCAUGUUUUUAAUCAGCGCUGAUUUGCCAUAGUGUUCACGUGCUCAACAGAAAUGACUAUGAUUGGCCGUGAAGGUCAUUAGUUCACAGAACUCCCCGCUGUUUACUGAGUGUAAACACAAAUACAGGGACACUGGAGUUUUUCAAAGUCAUGUCGAUCAGCUGGUUUGUCUAUAAGCUAACAAACAAGUGUUUACAAUCAGUAAACAGCAGUGAGUUUGGUGAACUGAUGACCUUUAGGGCGAAUCACACUAAUUUCUGUUGAGUACAUGAACACAAUGGCAAAUCAGCUCUGUUUAAGAACGUGCUCAACAGCGCUCAAAUGUUAGCGGGAAAUGGACGUUUUUUUAAAUUUCAGUAUCGAGACAACCCUAGGCGUUACUUCUAGUGAAGUUACAGUAAAAUGAGACUCGUUAUGGGACCAAAAUAUUAGAGAUAAUAAGUUGCGUUUACUGUUCUUAAGGCCAAUUCACACUACACUGACAGAUGCUAGUUAAUACGAGUAAACACUUAGUCAUUUCACAACCCAAUAAACACUAAUUGAACUUGUUCCAUCACAGCUAAGAAGCGCUGAUCGUCUGGAAGUAGACUGAUCCAACAAAAGUGUCUGUUGGUUCAGUGUGAAUCAGCCUUUACUGAGUAAAAGGACAUUUAAUAAGUCAUAGUACAGUAUAGAUACAUGACUGAACCUUGCACUGUAUGUUGUGCGAUUAAAGUGUUUGUGUGUAUGUGUGUGAAGCUGAUUACACAAUUGAGCAUGUGUGUUGUCGACUAAGAGUGUCUACAGCCAUAAAGAAAACAACAUAACAGAAAAUCACUGUGUGCCUUUUCUAAUAAUGGAUGGACAUGGAUGACCAAGAACAUGUCUAGUUUAUGAGAAGAACUGAUUUUAUUGCAUUUUUUUUGCAUAGGUAAUUAAAAAAUACAAUUUUCAUUUCACUUUUUGUGAGGGACAUGUGACCUAGAUAUGUCCACAAAGUACAUAUUUUACAAACACUAAAAUUAUUUGAUUUUUGUAUAUGUUCGUGUUUGUUUGUAUAAUUUCAUCAUGCCAAAAUAUUUGCUGUUUGUAUUGUUUGAGAAUCAUUAAAUAUGAAAUGUUCAAUAAUUAUAUGUCUUUAUGAUUGUCUGAUUUAAGUAGAGCAUAUUCAGUUCCAGUUUGAAAAUUAAAAUACAUUAAAUAUCAAUUGUAAAAAAAAA